GAUGGCUGCGCCCAUGGACAUGUGAACGACCAGAAAAUCCUGUUUUCCCUCGCGUAUUCCAGACUCUGCAGUGAUUGUGGACUUCUUGAACACGGUAUUUUUCACUUGGGCUUCACUUGCUCACUUCAAGAUGGCUUCUUCCGUAUUGAGAAGAAUAUUUUACUCUAAAGCCGGCAGCUGUCACAUGGUUCUAUCUGCCUUUAAAUGUUCAACUUCAAGAUCACCAACAGCAACACUGACAGUUCUUCCUCCACGGUGCAAGUUUUCACAAGAUAGCAAAGACUCAACAACAACAACAACUACAGAGAACGUAGGAGACACGCCUAAACUUCCCCAAAAUCUAGAAGGCAAGACAAUACAAGAGCUUUUAGACAAUGCCGUCACAGAAAAAUCAGAAGGACCAAAAGAGAAAGAUCUGACUGAACAGAAGAGACGAGUUAAGAAGGACCCUCGUAAGAGCACAGUGUUCCUGUUCCCGGGACAGGGUGCACAGUUUGUGGGCAUGGCGCGAAGCUUGCUGGGUUAUCCGAACGUGGAGGACAUUUUCGCGCGGGCGAGGGAUAUCCUUGGUUACGACAUCCUGCAGCUGUGUGUGAACGGGCCGCUGGAGGAGCUGAACAAGACAGUCCACUGUCAGCCGGCAGUCUUCCUCACAUCGCUCGCCGCUGUGGAGAAACUGAGACAUGAGAACCCCACGGCUGUGGAGACCUGUGUAGCUGCUGCAGGCUUCAGUGUGGGAGAGUAUGCAGCGCUGGUCUUCUCUGGGGCAUUAUCGUUUGAAGAAGCUCUAUAUGUAGUGAAGGAGAGAGCUGAGGCCAUGCAGAGGGCAUCAGAGGAAGUUCCCAGCGGGAUGUUGUCUGUGUUGGGCCGACCGCAGACCAGGUUCCCGCAGCUCUGCCACGAUGCCAGGAUCUACUGUAAGGAAAUACACAACAUGGAGGACCCUGUGUGCAGCAUAGCCAACUACCUGUACCCACAGGCCAGGGUGAUAGGGGGAAACAAGGAGUGUCUGUCCUACAUCAGGAAACAUGGGAAGAAGUACGGCCUGGCGCGGAUGAAGCCGGUACCGGUCAGCGGAGCCUUCCACACGGCACUCAUGUUGUCUGCACAGGAUGCUACAUACAAGGCCUUACAGGAGGUAGAUAUUGAAGUUCCUGUCAUCAACGUCCACUCUAACGUGGACACAUCGUCGUACCAGAACCCCCACCAGAUGCGUCGACUGCUCACCGAGCAGGUAGCCUCGCCGGUGAAGUGGGAGCAGCUCAUGCACACGCUGUACGAGCGCGCCCAGGGACAGGCGUUUCCCGACACGUACGAGGUCGGGCCGGGCGGGCAGCUGGGCGCCGUGCUGGCGAGGGUCAACAUGAAGGCGAGGAAGGAGUACCAGAAAGUCUCGUGUGGAGAGGAGGACUCUGACUUAACCAGCAAUGUUCAGGCUACGGCCAACGAUUAGCACCCAUUCUAAUACAUUUUGUACACUUUGCAACAGCAAAGAAAGCAAGCUACAACCAACAAUUAGUUCCUAAAAAAGUAUUAUUAUACUCUGCAGAAUGGUUACCAUGGAUUAGACGAUUAAAUUCUUCUUAAACCA